UUCUUUUAUUGUGCCUGUAGGUAAUUUGAGCAAGGAGAUGAUGCCUCUGUCUCUCAAAUGGCCACUUGAAAACAUACCUUCUCUACUUUCCUUACUAUUGGUGUUUUUAGCUGUGUCAUCUCUUUCUUGGUGUCAGAGUAGUGAUACAGCAUUUCCAAAAGCAAGUAAUGGGGCCCCAUUUCCUUGGAAUAAUGUGCGACUUCCUGAGCAUAUCAUUCCAAUUCAUUAUGAUCUCAUGAUCCAUGCAAACCUCAGCACUCUGACCUUCUGUGGAACAACAGAAGUAGAAAUCAUAGUCAGUCAGCCCACCAGCACCAUUAUCAUGCAUAGUCACCAGCUGCAAAUAUCUAAGGCCACCCUCAGGAGAGCUGCUGAAGACAAGUUGUCUGAAGAACCACUGAGCAUCCUGGAGUACCCUGCUCACGAGCAAAUUGCACUGCUGGCUCCCCAGCCACUCCUUGCUGGACCAGUGUACACAGUUAUCAUCACCUAUGCUGCCAACCUGUCUGAGAGCUUCCAUGGAUUUUAUAAAAGCACCUACAGAACCCAUGAAGGGGAGACUAGAAUACUUGCAUCAACACAGUUUGAACCCACGGCUGCUCGAAUGGCCUUUCCCUGCUUUGAUGAGCCUGCACUCAAGGCAAGUUUUUCCAUCAAGAUAAGGAAAGAUCCAAGGCAUCUGGCCAUCUCCAACAUGCCCUUGGUGAAAUCUGUGAAUGUUGCCGAAGGACUCAUAGAAGACCAUUUUGAUGUCACUGUGAAGAUGAGCACCUACCUGGUGGCCUUCAUUGUUUGCGAUUUUAAAUCUGUGAGCAAGACAACUAAGAGCGGAGUCAAGGUCUCUGUAUAUGCUGUCCCAGACAAGAUACAUCAAGCAGAUUAUGCUCUGGAUGCUGCAGUCACUCUUCUAGAAUUCUAUGAGGAUUAUUUCAGUAUUCCAUAUCCUUUACCCAAGCAAGAUCUUGCUGCAAUUCCUGACUUUCAGUCUGGUGCGAUGGAGAACUGGGGCCUGACCACAUACAGAGAAUCCUCUCUGUUAUAUGAUAAGGAAAAGUCUUCUGCAUCCAGUAAGCUUAGUAUCACAAUGACUGUGUCCCAUGAACUUGCUCACCAGUGGUUUGGGAAUCUGGUCACCAUGGAAUGGUGGAAUGACCUUUGGCUCAAUGAAGGAUUUGCCAAGUUUAUGGAGUUUGUGUCUGUCACUGUGACCCACCCUGAACUGAAAGUUGAAGAGCAUUUCUUUGGCAAGUGUUUUAAUGCAAUGGAAAUAGAUGCAUUCAACUCCUCACACCCUGUAUCCACACCUGUGGAGAAUCCUGCACAGAUUCGGGAGAUGUUUGAUGAUGUUUCUUAUGAAAAGGGUGCUUGUAUUCUGAAUAUGCUAAGAGAUUAUCUGGGUGCAGACACAUUUAAAAGAGGAAUUGUGCAGUAUCUUCAGAAGUAUAGUUAUAAAAACACAAAAAAUGAGGACCUGUGGAACAGCAUGGCAAGUAUUUGCCCCACAGAUGGCACGCAAACAAUGGACGGCUUUUGCUCUAGAAGCCAACACUCAGCAUCAACAUCACACUGGCAUCAUGAAGGCAUAGAUGUGAAAGCCAUGAUGAACACAUGGACACUGCAGAAGGGCUUUCCUCUGAUAACUAUCACUGUAAGAGGGCGAAAUGUGCACAUGAAGCAAGAACACUACAUGAAGGGUUCUGAAAGUAUCCCAGAGACUGGGUACCUGUGGCAUGUUCCACUGACAUUUAUUACCAGCAGGUCAAACUCUGUCCAGAGGUUUUUGCUGAAGACAAAGACAGAUGUGCUCAUCCUCCCGGAAGCAGUGGAGUGGAUCAAAUUUAAUGUGGACAUGAAUGGCUAUUACAUUGUGCACUAUGAGGAUGAUGGAUGGGACUCUCUGAGUGGCCUUUUAAGAAGGGCACACACGACGAUCAGCAGUAAUGACCGGGCAAGUCUCAUCAACAAUGCAUUUCAGCUUGUCAGCAUUGGAAAGUUAUCGAUUGAAAAAGCCCUGGAUUUAACCCUGUACUUGAAAAAUGAAACAGAAAUUAUGCCUGUCUUCCAAGGUUUGAAUGAACUGAUACCUAUGUAUAAGUUAAUGGAGAAAAGAGAUAUGAAUCAGGUGGAAUCUCAAUUUAAGGCCUUCCUGCUCAGGCUGCUGAAGGACCUUAUUGAUAAGCAGACAUGGGCAGAUGAGGGCUCUGUCUCACAGAGGAUGCUCAGGAACCAGCUCCUCCUCCUCGCAUGUGUACGCAAGUAUCAGCCCUGUGUGCAGAGGGCAGAGGGCUAUUUCAGAGAGUGGAAGGCAUCCAAUGGAACCCUGAGCCUCCCUGUCGAUGUGACCAUGGCAGUGUUUGCUGUGGGGGCCCAGAACACAGAAGGCUGGGAUUUUCUUUAUAGUAAAUAUCAGUCGUAUUUGUCUGCUACUGAAAAAAGCCAAAUUGAAUUUGCCCUCUGCACAAGCCAAGACCCGGAAAAGCUUCAGUGGCUUCUAGAGCAAAGUUUUAAGGGAGAUACAAUAAAAACUCAGGAAUUUCCACAUAUUCUCAUACUAAUUGGCAGAAACCCAGUGGGCUAUCCAUUGGCCUGGAAGUUUCUGAGGGAAAAUUGGAAUAAACUUGUACAAAAAUUUGAACUUGGCUCAUCGGCCAUAGCUUACAUGGUAAUGGGAACAACAAACCAGUUUUCUACCAGAGCACGUCUUGAAGAGGUAAAAGGAUUCUUCAGCUCUUUGAAAGAAAAUGGCUCUCAGCUCCGUUGUGUUCAACAAACCAUUGAGGCUAUUGAGGAAAACAUACGAUGGAUGGAUAAGAAUUUUGAAAAAAUCAGAUUAUGGCUGCAAAAACAAAAGCUGGAAAUGUGACAGUUUGUUUCUUACCAAGUUCCUGUGAUUUAUAAUCAGCAAAAUUUUGUUCAAUUUGAGUACUUUCAAACUAAAGAUGGUUGUUUUGGCUCUCA